GAAAGUGUUUGUGUUUAAACUACAGAUGAGGAAUAAUGUGUGUAAAGAAUGAAAGAGGAAGAAAAGAUGCAGACAUUGCCAACAUUCUCAUGGCUCUUUCUAAUAACAUGUUGGGAGUCUGCAAUUCUGGGAAUCUGACCCUAGUUUGAUCACACACACACACACACACACACACCCACCACUUUUUUCUGUGUGAGUCUACAGCUGUGCUGUGGAUCACUGUUUGCAUGUGAAAGCAGGCGUGCCAGCCCCAUAUAAGGUCACAUGGCUCACACUGAUGAUGUAAUCAAAGAAGAGGUUUCCUUCUCUCUUAGCAUGCACAGAAAGACCAGGAGAGAGAGAGAGAGAGAGAGAGAGAGAGAGAGAGAGAGAGAGAGAGAGAGAGAUUGAAAUAAGAGGGAAUGUGACCAGGAGAGAAAGGUAGUGCUCUUUCACAUUCUAGAUUGUGGGUUUUGAAAUGUCUGCUGUGUUGUGUGUGUAUUUAUGGUAAAGAAAGAUAUAGCAAAAACUGCAGCACAACAGGACUUGAAGAAGGGAAGUCUGAGAAGGGAGAGAAAGAAAGAGAGUGAGUGAGUGUGUGUGUGUGUGUGAGAGAGAGAGAGAGAGAGAGACAGAGAGUGAGUGAGAGAGAGCGAAAUAGAAAGGGUGAGGGAGACUGUGGAAGCUUCCAAGAGCAGUGAAUAAGCACAAGGCCAGGAAAGCAAAUAUUCUUCAUCAUGGGCAAGUCAGCCUCGAGGAUAUUCAAUGAGGAGGUGCAGAAGUGUCAUAAUGAGUACAGAAAGAAGCAUCAAGCGCCGCCAUUAAAGCUCAGCAACAAACUUUGCAGAGAGGCAGCAAGAUACUCUGAGAGUUUGGCUAGCACCAGGAUUUUAAAACACAGUGUUGAAUCCAGUAGAGGAAACUGUGGAGAAAAUCUAGCCUGGGCAUCUUAUGAUCAAACAGGAAAGGAUGUGACUGAUCGCUGGUAUAAUGAGGUGAACCAGUACAACUUUAACCAGCCUGGAUUUACCUCUGGAACUGGUCACUUCACUGCGAUGGUGUGGAAGAGCUCAAAGAAGCUGGGUGUUGGUAAAGCUGUUGCAUCCGAUGGCUCUACGUUUGUGGUGGCUCGCUACUUUCCUGCUGGGAAUAUCACUAAUCAGGGCCACUUCCAAGCCAAUGUCCUGCCUUCUAAGAGCUGAUCCUGGAAUGUCUGUGGAGCUAGAGGUCAGAGGUCACGGGCUGUUACGGCAAAUUGGAGUCUGAAAGCAGUGAACUGAAGCCUUAUAGGGCUACGCCUUAUCAAACGCUCUCAUGCCUUACAGUUUGAUUGGCCUUAAUACGUAAUUGUUUUUAAUACUAAACUUAGUACAUGUUCACAAAUAAACAUGAAAGUUGGAAUGACUUUUUAAGAUCAUUGUAGGAUUAUUGGACUAUUCUAUGUGCCUAAGUAUUUUUAGACUUGUAAGUUCAGACAUCCCCCAGCACGCACACACACACAGUCUCUUGUAUUAUUACUAAAGGUGAAAUUCAAGGUGAAACUCUAAAUGGCCUAAUAAAAGUGGUACAGUAUCACAGCUUAACACUGAAUAAGCACCUGGGAUGUUUUAAAAUGUUGUCUGCUUUACUUCAGAGAAAAAGCCACUGUUUUGUCUGUAUUGUUUCACAGUUGUGGUUUGGAUGACCUACAGAAGUAAAACAUUUAAGCUGUUUAAA